AUGACCGAGAAAGAAAAGGCGUCCCUCGCAUUUCCAAUGAUAUGCAUCCUCACCUCCUUCGCGUUCACCUCCUACCUCUACCGCACCUGGUUCUCACAACAAUUCCGAGCUGGCAAACGCCUCCUCCGACGUCUCUCGCGUAAAUCCCAGCGUCAAUCCCGCCGGUGGAUUCAACAGCUACACCGCAUUACGGACAACCGGCGCGAAGAAAACGCAUGGAGAACCUACAACAUCCUCGAACCAUCCACUCAAGGCAGUGCAGACCACCUAGUGCGCACGACAUACUCUACCAGCGGGCGUCCACAAUGGGACUCUGAUAACACCAGCACAGCCUCAUCUUCGAACCUAGAUGAGGAUGAGGACUCGGAUACGGGCAGUACCGGAGAACCAUCCCCCCUCUCCUUGCCUACACCGUCAUUCAGACCGACAUGGAUCCUCGAUUCCUCGGGCCAAUACGUCCUAAACCGUGCCCCCGCGCCACUCCCCCGCGCAACAUGGGAAGUUGAACUCGACGAGCGUAGCCAGAAUGGUCGCGGACCCGGUGCUUGGCUGGAUAGGAUGAUUGACUGGGUUGUUCGUCGUGUCGUUGCGGAUUUCGAUACUGAGAUGCGUGACGAGACUGAGCGGGCGAAUGUUGAUCGUCGUGGAAUGAGGCCAGACGAGAUCGCGCACGUGCAGAAGCAGAUGGAGAUGUAG